AUGGAACGAGUGGCAGCAACUGGGGCUGCACUGGUGGCACUGGGAGCACCCCCAGCUCCGGGCGUGGAGCUCUCGGGGGUGUUCCAGAGGAUGUAUAAGGCCGAGUGUUACUUCAUUAACGGCACGGAGAAGGUGAGGUUCGUGAAGAGGUACAUCUACAACCGGGAGCAGCUCUUCCACCUUGACAGCAACGUGGGGCUGUUUGUGGGGGGUACCCCUUAUGGGGAGAAACAGGCCCAUUACCGGAACAGCAAACUGGAAUUACUGGAGUACAAAUGGAGUCAAGUGGACACGUUCUGCCGGCACAACUACGAGGUGUACAGCCCGCUCUUCGCGGAGCGCAGAGGUGAGCAUGGGGCAGAGCGUUGUGUUCCCCCCAGCGUUUCCAUCUCGCGGCUGCCCUCCAGCUCCCAGCCCGGCCCCGGCCGCCUGCUCUGCUCCGUGAUGGAUUUCUACCCUGCCCACAUCCAGCUGAGCUGCUUCCAGGGCCAGCAGCAGCUCUCGGGGCACGGGGGCACCGCCGUGGUCCCCAACGGGGACUGGAGCCAGCUGCUGCUGGUGCUGCUGGAAACCUCCCCGCGGCGCGGGGUCACCUCCAGCUGCCAGGUGGAGCACGUCAGCCUGGAGCAGCCCCUGAGCCGGCACUGGGGCACGGGGGAGAUGCUGCCAGAUGACACCCACAGCAAGAAGCUGACAGGGGGGGGCUUCAUGUUGGGCUUCAUCUUCCUGGUGCUGGGGCUCAGAAUUGAGGGGGACCCUGCAAGGGGACCGUGA